CCCGGGUCACUGCUGGCUAUAGCUAGGCAGGUGGGAUGAGCCAAUGAAUAUUUCGACCCAAGAAGCCAAGGAAUUUCGACCCCAAGAAGCCAAUUAUAAAACAUGAAGGGGGACAAGGUAGAUUUAUUUCCGUGCCGUUAGGUUUGGAUCUCCGGCGACCAGAGAGCGGGCGAGCGAAAGGCGAUAUGGAGGCGAUGAGGUCCGCGCCGGCGAUAGCAAGGAGUGGCCACCCUUUCCCAUGGCUGAAUCUUAUGGUGACCGAACCAUUCUAUCUCCUUCACGUUCUCCUCUUUUGCUCUUACUUCGCUGCUCGCAGUUCCUCUGUUCAAAGCCUCCCCUCGGAUCUUUCCAAUCAUCUUAUCCAUCGGGAGAUUCAGGCGUUUCUUGCGUUUUUGGUUCUGCUGGUGGUGAAGGUGGUGAGGGAGGAAACCUGGGAAGCAUUUGUUGCUGAUAGUUUACUAUAUGCCAAGGCAUUCCUAUUUGCAAUUGCCUUAGUAAUCAACUACAGCUUGGCCCUAUGCUACUUGGUGGCUUUUCUAGUAAUAUUCAUUAUUGCUCAGCAACCACCAUACGAUGGCCUAGGUAUUACUUUCUCUCUUACCCCUUUGCAAUUAGAAAGCUUGUUGACUGAAGGAAACACUUCAAAAUUUUGGCUGGUUGAGUUUCGGGCUUUGUGUUCUUCAACGUAUGUGUGUAACAGUCGUAUUUUCCCUGAUCUCUCAGUAAUAUACUCAAAUAAAAAUAUUUCUUUUGGAAUAGUGGAUAUCGGGCACUUUCCAAACGCUGCAGAGAAAUUUGGAAUAUCUUUGCCUGGUCAUAUCCCAACUUAUAUUUUGUUUGAAAAUGCCGUUGAAAUUGCUAGACUGCCAGAAAUUGGUUAUGCAGAAAUUUCUCUUCCAAAAAUUUCAAAGAAGCUUCUUUGUCAAAAUUUUGAGCUUGAUAGACGACUUAUUGAGUACAUCUCCAGUUAGCUUCUUACGAAACUGAUGCUGAAACUAGUUUUUUUUUUUUUGUGUGUUAAUUUUAGUUGGUAUUUUCUGGUGUUGGCUACUUAAAAUUAUCUCAAGUCAGUUGCUGGUACGAGUAUCAAUUAUUUCUUUACACGAUUAUGGAUUGUAAUGUGAGUUUUUUUCCUUUUAACUUUUUGUACCAAACCCAAUGCUGAGAUAUUUUUAAUAAAGAUACAAUUUAUUCA